UAUGUCAGCUCCCAUUCAUUUUCACAUGUAAAAAAAUCUUUUGGUUCGCAGCACGUCUGUCUUUAUAUUCAAUCAUGGAAAGAAAACAGACGAUGUGUACUGAGUUUGAAAAUGAUAUCUUAUCAAAUAAUGAGCCGAAAAACGUCGAAGAAUUAACAGAUUUUGACGGUGUAACCGAUUCUGACCGAGACUUUUUAAGAUAUUUCCAACAAUCCAGAUUUGACAGUGUGUUAAACAGUGAAGUUUCAAGACAAGUUCUUAAUGUGAAUACAAACAACAGAGAAAGAAUAGAUCUAUUGUUACAGGAUAAUAUCCCACAGUUUAUAGAAAAUGGUGAUAGGAUACUGAGAGAGCUAGAGCUGUUAGGGAUAGCAGUAGCAUGCUUACAGACAUUUGUACAGAAUAAUUGGUUAGGUCCAAUCAACACAACAGACACAUAUGAAUGGUUGUCCUCUAAUAUAAAAGAGAAACGAAAGGUAAAAUAUAAUGUUAGAAUGACCUUGUCAUCUUAUAUCAAAGAGAAACGAAAGGUAAAAUAA